AUGGGAUUUUGCAAAGGGAAAUCGAUUCUCCUCAAUGAUUCCUAAAAAAUAGCCAAGUACUUGUCUCUUUGUUAAUCUACCCCUGUGUCGUAUUAAGGCAUUAAAUAAUCAGUAGGAUAUUAAAGUAUUCUUAAUGCAUAAUUCAAUUUCAUUUAAUUUAAUACAUCCAUUUUCCCAUCAUUUGCUUCUUUGAUAACGAGGGAUCUUAAACAAUUAGAAGAGUAAGAGUUUAACUCAUUUCUCUAAUCAAUUAAUAACUAUUUAUAAGUAAGUCAAUUCAACAAAGAAUAUGAUUAAAAAGUUUAUGAAAGAAUUGUAUAAUUAAUUUAGCAACAUGGGAAUUAUGUACAAAAUGCAGUUAUGUAUUUUCAUAUGAAAUAUUACUUUUCAAAAGAGUAAAAUAAAGAAUUAGACAAAAUAACACUAAAUCAUUAAUCAAAACUUGCGGUUUAAAUACCAUAAACUAUAGAAGAACAAAUAUGGAAACUCUUUAUCCAAUUGAUUCAAUUAUAGAAUUCAUAAAAGGUAGAAGAUGAUAAAAAAUUAAUUGAAUCCGAGACUAAAAUUAUGAAAGAAUUUGCUCAAUACUUUGAAGCUAUUGCUGUCUAAACAUAACAGUUUUCUCUUGCUAGUAAAUUAAUCAUAUUGAUUAUUAAUGCCAAAUUGAAAAAAUAUCUUUAAAGAUGCGACGAAAAGACUAUUUAACUAAUGCUAUUAGUUUACAAACUAUGUUAGAACGAUUUAGAUUAAAAUCUAUCUAAGCUUAACUUUUACGAAUUAUAUAACUAUAUGCAAACACUUUAAGAGAAUUAGGAUGUUCUAAUCUAAAUCAGUUGGGACUAAGUUAUUAAUAACAUAUUUGAAAGGAAUUUAAAUGAAAUUACGAUAAUAGAGAUAAUAGGUCUAUUGGAAUUUCUGGUUCCACAUAAAAAAAUUGACCAACUCAGUGGGAAACCACUUAAUUCAGUAAUAAAAAUAUUAUAUCAAUAUAGAUACUUAUAUCAAAAUUUAAAUCUUAUAGAUACUAAAUAUUACUCUAAGAUUUAUUAAAUACUGUCAGUCGUAGAAACUGAUUAUUCUGAGAAGUUUCUGCAAAGGCUUACUUAAAAAAUCAAUCCAAAAUUAUGUACAGUGUCUGAUAUUUCAAAUAUUUUGACUAUUUUAACUUAAAUGAAUAAGAUUGACAAAGAAAUUUUGGAAAAAUUUUUAAUAAGUGUAAAGACGAAAUUUAAGGAUAUAAAGGCUGAAAAUUCAUUUGGUAUAUUAUUUGCCAUUAAUUCCCUCUAAUUACAGAACCCUUAAAUUUUUUAAUACAUCAAUGCAAUUAAGAUGAAGGAUGAUUAGGAAAUACCUUUAUAAUUGUAAAUUUUGCAAUAUCAUCAAUUACAUGAUCCAAAAAAUCAAAAGGUGCAAAUCAUAUAAAAGAAUCUAUUAAAAUCCCUUUAAACAGAAUAUAAUGAAUUGUAUUUAGAAAUGUUUAUUUAAAUACUUGUGAAUGCCAAUUAGCAGACUAAAAAGACGAUAGCAAUCAUCCCAGAGCUGAAACCUUAUGUGGCAAAAUAUUUAUAAAAAUUGAAUGAUUCCAAUGUGUUAGUUUAAUAAGAAAUCAUGUAGUUUGUGAUUUCCCAAUAUAACAUUAAAUGA